AGCGCGGGGCCUCGGCGGCUCGAGGCAGCUGCAAGGGCGGGAGCGUCAGUCCCGAGUAGGAGCGGGUCAGCGGUGGCAGUCGGAACUGGAGAUGGAGCAACCGAAGAAAGCAGUGGUGGUGACGGGAUUUGGUCCAUUUGGAGAACACACAGUUAAUGCCAGCUGGAUUGCAGUUCAGGAGCUGGAGAAGCUGGGGCUGGGGGACAGCGUGGACCUUCACGUGUAUGAAAUUCCAGUGGAAUACAAAACAGUACAGAGGCUAAUUCCUGCCCUGUGGGAAAAGCACAGUCCACAACUGGUGGUCCAUGUGGGGGUGUCGGGCAUGGCAAACACCGUCACCUUGGAAAAAUGCGGACACAACAAAGGGUACAAAGGGCUGGACAACUGCCGCUUCUGCCCUGGCUCCCAGUGCUGUGUGGAGGAUGGGCCAGAAUGUAUCGACUCCAUCAUAGACAUGGACGCCGUGUGUAAGAGAGUCACCACCCUGGGUCUGGAUGUCACGGUGACCAUCUCCCAGGAUGCUGGCAGGUACCUCUGUGAUUUUACUUAUUACACCUCGUUAUACCAGAGCCAUGGCAGAUCUGCGUUUGUUCACGUCCCCCCACUGGGAAAACCAUAUAAUGCAGACCAACUGGGCCGGGCUCUGCAAGCCAUCAUUGAGGAGAUGCUGGAUGUUUUGGAGCAAUCCGAAGGCAAAAUCAACUGUCACCAUGAACAUUGAAGCUGGGCAAGGGUCCUACCACUUUUGCACUUCCCAAACAGUUCCCUCCUGCUUAAGAACUUUGGCAAGCAGUCCGUCCCCGUGAUACAGGACGGGAACCAAAGACACAAACACGCUGAUUCGACUCUACUGAAGUUCUGUGAAUUCUCUUCUUUUUCCCCCCCCCUCCCUUUGUGAGUGAGUUCCAGUUGAUUCAAAGAAAGAGUCAAUGGUU